AUGGCCUCGUUCACCUCCUCCAUCCCGAUCACUCUCGCUGCUCUGCUCAUCGUGGCUGUGCACCUUGUUCCGGCGGCUCCGAUCCCCACUGAUCAACAAGGUAGGUCUAGUGGCUGGGAGGGCCAGGUCUCAUGACAUUGAUCUUCCAGACAUUGCCGACUUUUCCAAUUCUGCCAAAGCAAACAUCUUCCUGCCUUUCCGAGACCUACCCGAACGGCUCAUCGACUUCAACUCGGCGGAUCUCGACGACGAUCGGGAUCUCACCUCGGAAUCCGACAUCCUCUACUUCUUCGGCAGAAUACCCAUUCUGACAGAAGACACUGACGCCCGGAAGCGAGGUGGAUUCUAG